CUGGCAGGUGCCAGGUGCCUGCAGAGCACAUCAGCGGCUCUCUCUGCCCCUGACCAAGCUCCGGCCGCCCUGCAGUGGGGCCAGCCGGCUUCGGGGUGGGGCGCUCUCCAUGUUCCCUGUUGGUCUGAGGAGGCUGGGGCCUCUGCCCUCCGUGGGGCGCCGUCCAUCCAUCUUUCCCAGCUGCCCAUCUCCUGGGGCCCCCUCUUCAAGGGCCAUUACUUCCCAGACUUAGAAAGUGGCCAAGGCCUUUGUGCGGUGCAGGCUGGGGCUCGGCAGGCCUGUGUGCUCCACCUGCCUGGCCUUUGGCGCCUCCGCCUUCUGAACAUCUUGUGCGCCACCCCCCCACCGCCCCCGAGACACUGCUUUCUCCUGGUCCUCCUUCCUGCUCCCUGGGUUACCAAAGCUGUCACCCCAGAAUCAUACCCUUGGCCUUCCCUCAAAUAGAAACCAAUCGCUCUUAUCUAAGUUUCAGGAGGGAAAAAAGAACCAUUUAGAACCAACAAGGCCAAGAUGGUGGAGGAUCUGACUUCCAGCCGGCCCAGCGCCUCGUCGUCCCUCACUGGAAUACAUCAGCAUCCCAAAUGACCCACCCACCCACCAGAUGGUUGCCAUGGCAACAACCCGGCCUGCCAGGACUGAGAAGGAGAGCUGCCUCUGUUCCAGGUCCAAACCACACCCCUGUUCAGGGGUCUUGGCCUUGAUCGUGUUCUCCUGCAUCUUCGGGGAGGGCUACAGCAACAGCCACACGUCCGGAGAGCAGUACUGCGUGUUCAACCGCAACGACGACGCCUGCCGCUAUGGCAGCGCCAUCGGGGUGCUGGCCUUCCUGGGCUCCGCCUUCUUCUUCGUCGUGGACGUCUAUUUCCCCCAGAUCAGCAACGCCACUGACCGCAAGUACCUGGUCAUCGGCGACCUGCUCUUCUCAGCUCUCUGGACCUUCCUGUGGUUCGUUGGCUUCUGCUUCCUCACCAAUCAGUGGGCAGCCACCAAGGUGGAAGAUGUGCUGGUGGGAGCCGACUCGGCCCGAGCAGCCAUCACCUUCAGCUUCUUUUCCGUCUUCUCGUGGGGCCUGCUGGCCUCCCUGGCCUACCAGCGCUACAAGGCUGGAGUGGAUGACUUCAUCCAGAACUACGUGGACCCCACUCCAGACGCCUGCACAGCCUACGCCUCCUACCCGGGCGUGCCUGCGGACAACUACCAGCAGCCACCCUUCACCCAGAACACCGAGACCUCCGAGGGCUACCAGCCGCCCCCCGUGUACUGAGCUGCAGCUGAGGACGUGAAGGGGGGCAGGGGGCUGCUGGCCCCUCUCGUUUCCCCCCCGCCCACGUGGUUGGAGCCCCUGCCUCCCUGCUGGUGCCCGAGGCCCACGGGCGUCACCCACUACUCCCUCAGGGCCGGUUUUAGCUGUGUGUAGCUAGAUGACUCCUGCCAUUGCUCUUAGUGACCCCCAGCCCCACCCCGCCGGGAGUAGCUCGAAGUGCCUGACCCGCUCUUCUGACAAGUGCCUUAGCUUUUCCCCAGCCUGCAGGAGCCGGGGCCCACGGCCUAGCCUGGGCUGCCGCAGUCACAGCCACUUGGGCUUCCCUGCCAAAGACGAGGCUGCGGGGCCUCCCUUGGGGCUCCCCUCCUCCUCACUCAGGUUCUUUUGCCCCCAGCCCCCAGCUGCUGAGUCUGCACGCUCUUGGGUCUGGGGUCCCGACCCUGUGCCAGUGCCCAAGGGGGCCACCUUCCCGAGAGCCCAGGGGCAGGGCUGGUGCCCACCCUAGGGGCUGGGGCCGCACUUCCCUGCCUCUGCCCCCAUCCCAGGGCCAGUGCCUGACAACACCCAGCUUUAUGUAAAUAUCCUGCCACUGUCAGCUGUGGGCAUGCCCACAGCCCCCAGGCUGUGCUGAAUGUAUUACAGAGCCCUGGGGAAGACGCACAGCACCCCGACUGUUAGACUAAUUUUGGAUGGAAUAAAUAUUUUUCUCAUUCAUAA